AUUAAUCGUAAUUAUGUGAAAUUAUAAUUGUGUCAUAAUUGCAUAUAUAGGUAAUUAUUGGUAUAUAAAGUAAGGCGGUGUAUCAAACAGUAUGUCGAAGGAUUAAUAGGUCACCAUGACGAUCACAUAUGUGUUAUUGGCUGUAACUGCUCUUUUAAAUCAGGCUCAGUCCCAAAUUUGCAAUGGACCGAAUUUGGCGAUACAACCUGUGCAUCGUACCAUCGCAUCGCCAUCUAUAAAUCCAGUGCCGUUAAUAUCCACCACACUCGUAGACAACAGCGUGGCUAACUCUCUGGCGAACACUCUCCAACUUCUUAUUGUUAGUGAACUAAUAGAGAGUUCCUUGUAUCCUUCAUCAGUCGUUGUACCGCCUAUAGUCAAUAACAUCAGACCUAUUUAUGAUGCUAUUGGCACUAUUGGAAAGACUGUAAUUGAUGUUGCCCCAAUUGUGGAAGUAAUCGAUAUUGAACCAAUUUACCCAGCUAUUGAUGUAAUAUAUCCAACAGUUGAAAUAACACCGGCUCCGGUAGUGGAGAUUACAAGUAAUGUAGUCAGCACUAUUACUGAGGUAACGCCUGUUAUUGGAGGCGUCACUGAAAUCAUAAAACCAUUCCCUAAUCAUUAUGGUUAUACUGAAAUAGUUGCACCUGUUAAUGAGAUAGAUAUAUACACUACUGUCACAGAAGUCGUAAAUCCGUUGCCUCUGACUCCUAAAAUCUAUGGUGGUUUCAAUGAAAUAACUACUUUCACUCCAGGUUACCUGACUGAGGUAACUGAGGUGAUCGCUCCUGUGGUUGAAGUAAUUACUCCAUUAGUGCAUGAAGUUAUCGCCCCAGCUGUACCGUUGCCUUUAAUUCCCGAACCCUGCGGUGUAAUCCCAGAUCAUGUUCCUCCACCAGGUCCUGUAACAUAUCCAGCUGAAAUUAUGUUUCCUACCUCGGCUCCAGCCCAUCUAAGAUAUAAAUUCCCAUGCCAUUGUCCAAUGCCGCAUCCAUUUUAUUGAGGUUCAUAAGUAAUCAUUUUCAAGUUACAAAUGAAUGUUUUAAUUCUUUAUAAAAAUUAUAUAUAUAUAUAUAUAAAAAAAAUUAAGGCAGUAUACGAAUGUACACAAUGUGCAUUGUGUAAGUAUGAAAAAGAAUAUAAAAUAUUGGCUGUACACAUGAGAUUUGGAGAUAUUAAAGUUUUUGAUGUUUUAUUAUAUAUAUGUAUUAUUAUGUAUUAACUUUUCCAUAUUGUAUGUUGUUUUGUUUCAAACA